AUGGAAGCUGACGCGAAUGUUGUUGAAGCUUUUGAUGAUGUCACUUAUCGUAAAGGAGCAUCGGUUCUCACAAUGCUGCAGGCGUUAAUUGGUGAAGAAAACUUCCAACGGGCCAUAAGGAUGGGCUACCCAGUAGUUACGGUGGAAACUUUGAAUGCAACUACCUUCAAAAUAUCACAAAGUCGAUACAAGAAGAACAAGAACGCUCAGGAGCCGGAAAAAUAUCGUCAUCCAAAAUAUGGGUUGGGCGCCUGUUCGCAAAAUUAUAAUAAUUGA